UCACCUGACAAGCAAUAAUUUGGUUGUCAUCGUUCACAACUUGCAUUUCAUUGUUUCAGCUUGGAAUUUUAAUUUUAGUGGAAAAAGAAGUUAAGUAUGUAUUCUCAGCAACCUUUCAUUCAAACAGAGUUGUGGAAACAUGGUCCAGUACCUGGACAGUUCUACAACUUUCCCGGAACUAACCAAAGUACGGCAAACUUCGGCGGUUUCUCAGCUGCUGGGCAGUCUGGUACCCAGCACUCGUCAUCCCCAAUUACUACCGGUACUUCCGUAAUAGGCGUUAAGUUUGAUGGUGGUGUGAUGAUUGCCGCCGACAACCUCAUCUCUUAUGGCUCUUUGGCACGUUACCAGGAUGUACAACGCGUUUUCAAGAUCAAUGAAAAAACAAUCAUAGGUGCCGGUGGUGAUUUUGCAGAUUUCCAAAGUCUGAAACGAAGCAUAGAUCAAAAGAUGGUUGAAGACAUGUGCUACCAGGAUGACAUUGAUAUGAAACCUAAGUCCUUGUAUAACUGGUUAACUCGCGUGCUCUACAAUCGUCGCAGCCGCUUCAAUCCGCUGUGGCUAGAAAUGGUUGUUGGUGGCAUGCAAGAUGGUGAGCCAUUCUUAGGUCAUGUGGAUCUGCGCGGGCGUGCUUAUGAAGAUAAUGUAGUAGCUACUGGCUUUGGCAAACAUUUCGCAUUGCCAUUAGUACGUGAACAAAUCUCAAAUGGAGAGGUGCUCUCGCAAAGUGAGGCCUCGCAAGUGUUACGCAAGUGUAUGGAAGUUUUGUACUAUCGUGAUUGCCGUGCUAUAUCCAAAUAUUCAGUGGCUGUUUCCACCGCCCAAGGUACAAUUGUACAAGGUCCUUUCGAAGUUAGCCAAAAUUGGGAACUGGCUACUAUGAUUAAGGGUUAUUAAAUACAAGUCUAUAAUUUUUUAAAUAAAGCAAAAAUAUAAUUAAAAAUAUA